CUUUGCGGACACAACACUGUUUUCAACAAACUACCAAAACGUGUCCCAUUUUGGCUUAUAUUAUCUUCUUCAAUUAAAGAAGAUAACUUUUAAAACUUGAAGUUGGACUUGCCAGAAAAGUUUCAAAUUUGAAUGGCAAAUGUCUCCGGCUGCAGAGAAGCCCCUGAAAAUAUGCAUCAGAGGGCUUCCAGCGGACACUGACCAUCGCAAACUUCAAAAGGACCUCAGGGAACGUGACUUCGAUCCAAUCUUAACCCGAUAUGUCCCCGCACGAGAUAAAGGUCCUGGCAUAUUCUGCAUGCAGCUGCAGAUGAAUCCGAAAACUUCAACAGUGUUUGAGGUCAAGAAGUUGCUAGAUUUGCCAGUGAGAGUAGAAGCAUGGCGCGGCCGGCAGGGACCGCCGCAAUGCCAACGCUGCCAAGGGUUCCGGCAUUCAGCUGCCGAGUGUCUACGGGAAUACAGAUGUGUGCACUGCGCGCGCCCGCACCCAUCCAAGAACUGCAAUCGCCCUUAUGACAUCCCCACCUGUGCCAACUGCAGCGGCCCUCACGCUGCCAACGACUUCUCCUGCCCGGCUAUGCGACGUGAAGAAAUCGCAAAGAAAGGAAUGGUUCUCCGCACCAGCGGCUACACGCUCGCUACGCCGAAACCCGUGGAUGAAUCUAACGCAAAAAGCUCUCUAAUGGCUGAGGCCAAUGCAAACUGGUUGAGCAGCCAGCGUAAACGCCGAAGGAGGAAGACCCAAGCCAAGGACAGGCUUUCGGCUUCACCUGAGCGACCGGAAUCUUCUUUGAAAGAACAGGAAACUCAAGCGGCGCCCAAACCUGUGCUGAAGAAACCUGUGCCAGUAAUGCCAGUAUCGAAUGAGGUGCGUAAAUCGGCCGUUCCCGUUAUGAACAAGCCAAAGCCGGUGUCAGAAAUAAUCGAAGAGGCGCUAGCUGCAUCUAAGAGUACCAAAGAAUCUAAGCAAUUACCCAAGAAGAGCAGCCCUACAGUCAGUGGAAACACUCACAUUCCAGUUCAGGAAGUCCAAUUGGUGGUGGAUCCUGUUUUAAAGAAGAAACCUUUAAGAUUAGAACAGGAGAUCGGUCCUACAGUCAAUAGAAAUACUAAUAUUCCAGUGCAAGAAAUCCAACAAGUGGUGGAUCCUAUUUUGAAGGAGUCUGUUGAACAGCAGACCCAGCAGGUUUCAACCAAACCUUUACAACUGGAAAAAGCCAAGCCAGUAGAAUCGCCAAAGAGGCCAGACCCUGUUCGCACUAAAGUUGUUCAGGAAUGCCUGCUGGUCUUGUCAAGUGUACUUAGUGCCAUACAAGAAGGAGACAACCCAGUUCCCAUUAUCCUGGAAGGUAUAGCCAAUCUGUGCCAGGGUGCCUAGUCAAAUUACAAUUAAUGUUAAUUUUAUACUUGGGUGAAUCAACUUUUUC